UCACCAGACAACCUGACAGCGUUGUUGCAACACGUCGUCCGUGUUGACGUCACCUGGCGUGACGUGUCUGCGUCAACACAACAGAACAUGGCGGACCCUGAGGAAGACGCUCUGCAGGGCAGCUGGGACCAGGAUCUAGCUGAGGCUCUGGACUCGGGCGGCUCCGACAUGGAGAUGGAGAGAGGGGUCAUCCAGGUCCAGGAGCACUCGGCUCAGCACAGGGCCAAGAUGUGGAAGAUCGCUCUAAAUGUCUCUGGCAAAGGGGACAGCCUGUCUCCGUGGGACGGCGUCCUGGAUUUACCAGAACAGACCCUCAUUCACAACCGCAGUCAACAGCUGAUCGACCAGCUGGACGUAUCAGAGGAAGAGAGGAGUGACAUGGUGUCUGAUGUCGAGUCAGUCAUCACUUUCUACUGUAAGUCCCGAAACAUUUCCUUCAGCCCGGAGCUGAGCUGGCCGCACCUCCUCAAACCUCUGCUGGGCCUUCACCUUCCCCGCAGCGACCUCUACAACUGCUUCUACGCCGUCAUGAACAAAUACAUCCCCAGGGACUGCGUACCAAGCGGCCGACCCUUCCACCUGUACAGACUGCUGCUGCAGUACCACGAGCCGGAGCUCUGCUCCUUCCUGGACACCAAAAAGAUCACACCGGACUCCUACGCCAUCAACUGGAUGGGCAGUCUGUUCUCCAGCCACUGCCCCGCCGACGUCACCCAGGCCUUGUGGGACUGCUACCUCCGGCAGGCUGACCCCUUCCUCAUCUUCUUCCUCAUGCUCAUCAUCCUCGUCAACGCCAAAGAGGCCAUCCUAACACAAGAAGGAGUCAGCAGGGAGGACAUCAUCAAAAUGCUGGAAGAGUCUCCUUCUCACCUGGAAGCAGAGGACAUUGAAGAUCUGUUUUCUCUGGCUCAGUAUUACCAGAGUAAGACGCCUCUGUCUCUCAGAAAGAUGAACCAGAAUCUGUUUGGUAGCAGCCUGGUGGCUCUGAAAGAAGAGGACACUGACCUGAGUCAGGCUCUGUGUCUCCCUGUGUCUGUCCCCGAGAUCCUGCAGGCCAACCAGCUGCAGCAGGACGGGGUUCGUUUCUUUGUGGUGGAUUGUCGGCCUGCAGAGCAGUACAACGCUGGCCACCUGUCCACGGCCUUCCACCUGGACUCUGACCUGAUGCUCCAGAACCCGUCUGAGUUCGCUCUCUCUGUGAAGUCCCUGCUGGAGGCCCAGAAACAGUCUCUGGAAUCGGGCUCCAUCGCCAGCGGAGAGCACCUGUGCUUCAUGGGCAGCGGGAGGGAGGAGGAGGACAUGUACAUGAACAUGGUGCUGGCCCACUUCCUGCAGAAAAACAAAGAAUAUGUCAGCAUUGCUAAAGGAGGUUUCAUGGCGCUCCAGAAGCACCUGGUAGACAUGAACAUCGAAGGUCUGGACUCUUCAUACCUCCACUGGAUCGUCAGCACGUCAGGAUCUCACAGCAGCCUCAGCUCUGCCGACGGAGAGUCACUAAGCAGCCCCGGAGACGGUAAAGGAGUCAAGUCUUUGGUCAACAAAAUGACGUUCGCUCUGAAGUCCAAGUCGGUAAACGUAAAGGAGAAGAUGAUCAGCUUCAUCGAGAACACCUCCACGCCCGUAGAAAGAAUGUCUUUCAAUCUGCCCUGGCCAGAGAAGGUGAUUCCAGAUCGACAUGUGAGCAGCAGCGACCGCGUCGGCAAACCGUACCGCGGGGUGAAGCCCGUCUUCAGUAUUGGUGAUGAGGAGGAGUAUGAUACAGAUGAGAUCGACAGCUCGUCCAUGUCAGACGAUGACAGGAAGGAGAUCGUCAACGUCCAGACGUGGACAAACAAACCAGACGUAAAGCAUCACAUUCCAUGUAACGAGGUGAAAGAAACCGGUCACAUGUUCCCCAGCCACUUGUUGAUCACAGCGACUCACAUGUACUGCCUGCGGGAGAUCGCGUCGAGGAAAGGCUUCGCCUACAUCCAGUCCAGACAAGCACUGAACUCCGUGGUGAAGAUCACGUCCAAAAAGAAGCACCCAGAACUGAUCACGUUCAAGUUUGGCACCAACAACUCGGCUGGAGUGGAGAUAUCGGCAGUAGAGAGAUAUUUGAUACCCAACGCCGGCGACGCCACCAAGGUCAUUAAGCAGCAGAUCAUGAAGGUCCUGGACGCUCUGGAGAGCUCGUAAAGAGAGACGACGAGGUUGUCGUAGUCUGGACACAAACUGUAAGAAGAGUCUCUGUCUGCCGAGAGUGAAACCUCCCGUCUCGUCUCUCUCUCCCUGCUGGACGGAGCGGUGCGGUGUUGACUGUGAAGCGGCGUGUCGGUGUUUGGGACUUGGUGGACACGCUGCUGGCUGCCGGCCUGACGGACCGGCUGUGUGUUGAAAUACUUUAGGUGCUCCCACAGUCAUGCAACCAUUCUCUUAAGUUAAAAAUAUAUUAUUAUACUGUAUGUUUCUUUAUCAUUGAUAAAAACAUGGGAUCUCAUUAGAGUGCAAUUCUACUUUGGCAACUUUUGGCCUUAAAGUAGCGUACGGACCGACCUGUUCAACCACUACAGGACUGACCUUUUCCUUUCACUUAAAGGGAUAGUUCAGGUGUUUCUCAGUGGGGUUGUAUGAGGUUCUUCUCCAUAGUCAGUGUAUUAUUACAGUAGAUGGAGUCAGCAGAAACAGACGUGAGCAAAGUAAUGUCCUGCUGUGGACGGAGGCAGCAGCUAAACAGAUUAUAGACACCUAAAUAAUCCCUUUCUGACGGGGAACUGAAGCUGUUAUCUUUGCUCUCUUCAAAGCCACCACACUCCAUUCACAAAAACAGUCAUUUUACCUGUCAGAACACAGGAGUAGCUGAUCUAACGCUGCUUCCAUCGGUUAGUUUAUGUUAUUGUGAGACUUUGGUGUUUUAAAGGGUUAGUUCAGAUUCACUAGAGUCUGUUUCUCUAAACUGGGGGCGUGCCGACUGCCAUCUACUGUAGGCCUGUCAAUAAAUACUCUAAAUUUGAAUAUAUAUUUGAAUAGUGAAAAAGCAGCAACAGAUAUUCGAUUGUAAAAAAGAAGCAUCACUACUGCAGCUGUCUGCCUCACGAGCACAGAAUGCACCGCAUGACGGGAGUCACACAACGUCACUUUAAUUAGUUGAAAAUUGAAUGUAACAUUAGGAGAUUAAAGUGGUGAAUUUACUCGAUAAAACUCACAAAUUAACAAGAAAAUAACUUGGAUAUUCUCUGAGAUUAAAGUGAAAAAUUUACGAGAAGAAUUCACUAAUUUA